CUUCCGUGACUUUUCACACCGGAAAUGAUUGGUUGGCAUUGGCAACGUUUUAGCUAGAAAUAACGGCGUACACUCUGAAAUAAGAAAUUGAAGGGAAUAAUUCUGCCAAGCUGAGAACUUCCUAAUCUUUGGAUCCUUCAUCCACUCACCACAGAGGAGCGAGGAGCGAGUACAGACUGCAAACAGAAUGACCAGCUCAUCAGCUCCCAGGAUGGUGAAUAGCUACAAGAGAACUUCAAGCCCCCGAUCCCCUACUAAUACCGGGGAGCUUUUUACUCCAGCACAUGAGGAAAAUGUGCGCUUUAUACAUGAUACCUGGCAGUGUGUGCUCAGAGACAUCCGAUCAACGCAAAACAGUGAGCGUAACGACCGCGGGCCGCAGGAGUAUGUGGAGAAGAACCCUAACCCUAAUCUACAUUCAUUUACACCAGUGGACCUGAGUGAUCUUAAAAAGCGCAACACACAGGACUCUAAGAAAUCUUAGUCUUUUCUAUGAUGAUCCACUUGCUUUUUUUUUUUCUCCACCCAUUAUUGUAAAGAACUUUUGAUUUAUCAGCCCGCUGUCAGCAAGAACGUUUGACCCAUUGGCCAAUCUAACCCAGAAUGCAAAUCGAAUCUCUACUCUGGACUAAAGCAACCUCUGCCCCCCCCCCCUUUUUUUUUUUAAAUCCUCAACAAGAACCAAAAGGAUUUGGAUUUCAGGGAGUUCAGAUUCUUCCCACUUUCUCUGCAUUUUUAGUUCACAGUUUUCAUCAAAAGUUUCAAUGAAGGUUUUGUGGUUAAGGCACAAAAAACGAGGACACAAGACUUAAACCCUCUACUACCAAAUGUACCCUGAUGACUUUGAAAGAAAAUAUGAAAGGGCUGACUUCUGUUUUUAUUUUUUGGAAAACCAAUUGAUAAACAGUAGAAUGAUCUCAAUGGAUAUCCUCUUAGUGGGCUUGUUUUGGAAACCAAAAUACAAUGUGGAAGGCCAACAUUUUUUUUAUUAUUAUUAUUAUUAUUAUACAUUUUUCUUGCCCUGGGAUGGACAUUGUUGAGUAGUGAAUGCAGGAAUGCAGCUCUUAUCUCCUUCCUCUAAGCCUUGGAAGCAAAAUGUUGAAUAAAAGACUUUUACAGAA